GUGAUGUCGUCGAAGAGUGUGAGCUCAAGCUAGCCAAAGAAGCAACCUAGGCAACCCAAGCUAGCCCCGCCCCGGCCCCAGCUCCCGGCUCACUAACCAUGAGUCACUUCGGUGGUCACUUCGGCGGGAGGCCCCAUGGGGCGGCGACGACGACGGUGCGGUGCAAGUACUGCCGGGCGUCGCUCACGGCGAUCCCCGGCGAGCGCGCCAUCCAGUGCGCGCACUGCAACUGCGUGACGCGCAUCCGGCGCGCCGACCGGAUCCCGCUGCCUGUCAUGGGGCCCAUGACGGCGCCGUUCCAGCGCGCCCGCGGCAAGAAGCGCGCCGUCCUGGUCGGCAUCACCUACGCCGGCAUGCGCCGCGGCUGCGGCGAGCUGAGGGGCCCCAUCAACGACGUCAAGUGCAUGCGGAACCUCCUCUGCCAGCGUUUCGGCUUCCCCAGCGAGUGCGUCAUCAUGCUCACCGAUGACCAGAGGGACCCGUUCCGGCUGCCGACCAAGGACAACAUCCGGAUGGCGAUGCACUGGCUGGUGCAGGGGUGCAGCUACGGCGACUCCCUGGUGUUCCACUUCUCCGGCCUCGGCGCGCAGGUGGCCGACGACGACGGCGACGAGGUGGACGGCUACGACGAGGCGCUCUGCCCGAUGGACGCGUUCCAGAAGGGCCCGAUCCUGGACGACGAGAUCAACGAGGUCAUGGUGCGCCCGCUCGUGCACGGCGCCAGGCUUCACGCCGUCGUCGACGCCUGCUACAGCGCCACCGUCCUCGACCUCCCCUUCCUCUGCCGCGUCGCCAGGAACGGCUACUGGCAGUGGGAGGACCACCGCCCCCCGUCGGGCGCCUGGAAGGGCACCAGCGGCGGCCAGGCCGUGCUCUUCAGCGGCUACAGCGACGGCAAGAGCAACUUCGCCGUGAUGCCGGACGCCUACGCAUCGGUGGGGGCCAUGACGCACAGCUUCAUCCGGGCGGUGGAGUGCGAGCCGCGCGGGGUCACCUACGGCCGCCUGCUCAGCUCCAUGAGGACCAUCAUGAAGAACGGCGGCGGCGGGGGCUUCGGCGACCUGCAGGGGCCCAUCGGCGCGCCCAUCCACCAGCAGCACCAGGUCGCCAACUUCAGUGGCGUCCAGAAUUAUUAUUCCCUUCUGUCGCCGCCGGUGAUGUUGCAGGAGCCGAACCUGUCGUCUUCGGAGAUGUUCGACAUCCACCGCAAGCCCUUCGUCAUGUAAUUAAGCACCUAGCAUAGGUGGCCGUGGCUUCGAGAAUACUUCUUCAUAUAUAUCGUCGUAACGGAAUAAUCAAUCGACGGGUUUAGCGCUGAUGAUGCUUCCUAAUCAUACCUCUGAAUCGUGUGACUAUCCGCGUGCGUCACCUGCGAUGAUACCAAGAAAGAACAGGUUUAGCUAGAUCAUUGGUCGUGGAGGAUUUGGUUGGUCGAAGUACCUCCACUGCCUUCUAUACACCUCAUCAUGGUACUAAGGCUGUUCGAUGUCUCUUAUGUAAACUAAGUGCUUAUUAUUAUAUUUAUACCUGCCCUUCAUCUCAAGGAGAAAGGCAUAAGUUGUGAGCCUUAUGCAGCUGUGCAAAUUAAACAAACAUGAAAAUGUGUAAUACUAUGUGUUAUGCAGAUGUGAUGUGACUUAUGGAACUGAAUCUGACGGGUUCUUCACAUCAAUAUAUACAGAAAACAAAAUCCUCUUUCC